AAGAACAGCAUACUGAAAGAAAUCAGACAGCUAUUAAAUAAAGCCUGGAAACUACCAGAAGCUGAUAGAAAACGAGUCAUUAAACGUUUGAUAUUGAAAUGGCAUCCUGAUAAAAAUCUAAACAUUGUGAAACUCGCUACAGAAAUCACCCAAACUAUACUUAACUAUAUAAGAUAUUUGGAGAAAGGGGGGAGUUUGGAUGAAGACGACGAU